UGUGGUUAGUGGUCAUAUCAUACAGUCGUCUGUAACAUAAUAGUAGACGUUAUACGUUGUCGUCUUGCGAGUUGCGAAUCGCGCAAAACUGCGCGAGAGGCGUGAUGCGCAAAAAGUGUAAUCGAUGUGAUGUUUUGCGAGGGAUAUAACGAGGUGGGUGAAUGCCGAUACAGGCACCACAGUGGACUGAAUUCCUGUCAUGUCCAAUCUGUUGCCAUGACUUUGACGUGGCUAUACGAGGUCCCAUAUCACUCGGCUGUGGCCACACCAUAUGUCGUGCUUGCUUGGCCAAUUUACAUCGCAAGCAAUGUCCUUUCGAUCAGAGCAUUAUCAACACCGACAUUGAAAAAUUACCCGUAAAUGAGGCACUGUUACAAUUGCUGGGCAAUCCAAUUCCCAUCGUUGCUUCAUCAACAUCUGCAUCGAAUCAACAGCAGAAUUAUCAGAAGCUUCUGCCAGCCGACCAACAUGUUAAUUACCUGAGAGCUAAGAAUUGCAUUGAAGAACUUGCUCUUUAUCUUAAACCAUGUCAAAUUAGUAAUACUGCAGGCAUCGGAAGCGGAGGUGGAGGACUGGUAUCACGACCCAUGCAACGUAAAUUGGUGACGUUAUUAGGUUGUCAAUUAGUCGAACCAGAAGGUAGAGCACGUGCAUUGCGUGCUGCUCGUAGUCUUGGUGAGCGCACUGUCACAGAGCUUAUACUACAGCACCAGAAUCCUCAACAACUCAGCGCUAAUCUUUGGGCGGCCGUGCGUGCCCGUGGUUGUCAAUUUCUUGGACCAGCGAUGCAAGAGGAAGUUCUCAAACUUGUGCUAUUGGCUUUGGAGGAUGGCUCUGCUCUAUCGCGUAAAGUAUUAGUGAUGUUUGUAGUACAGCGUCUGGAACCACAUUUUCCUCAAGCUAGUAAGACCAGCAUUGGACAUGUGGUGCAGCUUCUAUAUCGAGCGAGUUGUUUUAAGGUAUCAAAGCGCGAGGGUGACUCAUCUCUAAUGCAAUUAAAGGAAGAGUUCCGUACUUAUGAAGCUCUAAGACGGGAGCAUGAUGCACAGAUUGUACAGAUUGCCACCGAGGCAGGCUUGCGUAUUGCGCCUGAUCAAUGGUCAGCGUUGCUCUAUGGCGAUACUGCUCACAAGUCUCACAUGCAAAGCAUCAUUGAUAAAUUGCAGACACCACAAUCGUUUGCCCAGAGUGUCCAGGAGCUUGUGAUAGCGUUGCAACGUACACCAGAUCCUGGACAACUGAGCGGUCUCAGGCCACAGUUGGAAUUAUUAGCUGCCAUCGAUCCCAGUCCAGAGACAGAGCCACCAAGCUUGGCCGAAUGUCGAGCGGCUCUAGAAGCCGUGAGAAUAGUAGUGGCUACGUUAGUGGACUUUGUUCGACAACAUGGAAACAAUGGCACAUGCGGUAACAAUCGGAAAUCAGUGGCGCAGGAUAGUGGAGGUAAUGGUCCCGUCGGGAGCUCGUGUUCAGGUUCAGCGACCAGCAAAUACAAAGUCAGUAUGUGCAGAGAUUUAGCCUUGCGCGGCACUUGCCCACGAUCCAACAAUUGUACCUUUGCUCACAGCGACACCGAGCUUGAUAAGUACAGAUCAAAAAAUCGUAAAUUGAGUGUCAGAGCAAAUUCAAAUCAGACGGAAUCGAAGGGUGAGAAGAGUAACAAGAUUUUCAAUAAGCAAAACGGUGAUUUAACGACUUAUCAUUCCGUAAAAGCACACGACAGGGAUACAGUGGUGCAACAUUCAACGCCUAUCUCGACCAAUUUGGAAAAUAAUUUGAUUGACUCAUUGACAUCGACCUACGUUUUGCCGCUUACACCCCCACAAAACUUGCCGCAUCUUAGUCUGUGCUCUGUAAAGGGAGGAACUAUGUUGGAUAGUGGAGGAUCUCCUGGUGUUCAUUGUUCUGGGCAUUACAUAAUGCCACCAGGAUCUGUUCCCACAGUCGAUUAUGGACCUUCCUUGACAACUACGACAAACCUCGGAGUGUGGGAUACCCCACAAAUUGUACCAGCAAAUCAACGAACGGCAAUGGGAAAAACUAUGUUGGCGAUGUUAUUGCAACGCAAAAUGGAGAUCUUAAAUCAGUUGGAAAUAAUUGUUGGCAAACAGCAGCAGCAACAACUAAUAUCAACGCAAAUAAAAACGAAUUACGAUCUUCAGCAAGAGAGUGAUUUAUUGUCUGCACCCAACAAUUACUCGAUAUGGACCGCUGCGAAUAACUUUCGCUGUACAUCCGGGACGGAUCCAUCGCCGCCGCCACCACCUUCAUCUGCCACCACUUCGCAUCUACUCGACGAUGACGGUCCCUUUAUGUCUCCAUUAGACGUAUCUCCAGCAACCUCUUUGCCAUCAGUUAGCAAACAGGCACCCAUCUCAAGAUUAUCUAAAACUCUGAUAAGAUCUCCCUACAACGGAACUCUGCAACAUCUCUACAACGAGGAGGUCGAUCCUACUCCUAUCCCCACACUGUCUACUGCAUUCAGAACUCCAAACUCUGUAACCUCUUGGUAUUAUGGCAGUCAACCAUAUGCAACAGUUGGCAUGAAUGGAAUACAGUCAAUGACGCCAACGAGCCCUGGUAGUGGUGAUGGUGACAGCGAUUUCAUCAGUGAUAAUUACGUCGCACUCGGCCGCAAUAUCAUUGCACCAGAAUCAUUAUCACAAUUCUCGAGAUCGGAGUAUAUGUCAAAAGAUUUGAUUUUGGAAUCACAGAAAGUAAAGCAGCAACUCAGACAUCUUGAAAAGAAAAUCAAUGACUUAAAGUUGGCUACGCAAGGAGCUACUACUUUCGUCACAGCAGGCGAACGAUUGACGCAAGAAUUGCGAAUGAUCGAGGCGGGCAUCAGAGAAAGGGAGAGAGAUGUACGAAAUUGGAGCAAUCCAUACGGUGGUAGUACUGGUACUACCACUAUUCCUUGGAUUCAGCAAUCCACUAAUGAUUGGCUCUCAAAUCAAGAAUAUAAUACGGAUUACAAAACUGAGGAGGAAGAUACAUACGAGGCUGGGAUAGCAAAUGAUAUGCGCGAGCUAGAACUGCGAUGGGAAUUUGAGCUGCGCGAGCAGGAAAAACAUUGGUCCAGUGGAGGUGAGAAGGAUCCUAUCACUACCACUACCUCCAUGAAUAAAUAAUAGGAUAUCUCCCUUCUUUUUCCCUCUUUAGCUCUGUUUUCCUUUCUCGUCCAUCUUUCGGGAAACAUGUAUUUUUACAUGGCAAAAUCAAUCUUCGAUUCUAUCUUCUCUAAUUAAUAUUGAUCGAGGAUAAGUAAAAUUCCUUUAAUCCAUGAAAGUCGGGAAAUACAUACAACAGUAAUCGCAGACGUGCGGGGACCUAAAUCUUGAGCAUUUUUCCACGUUGAUAAUUAGAAUAUGACGCGAUAAAAAUUGUACGAUUUUAAUUCUGAAUAAUAAUUUAUCAAUGGCAUUGAGUUGUCGACUGUUGAAAGUAAGCAACAAUUGUACCACUUGGGGUAGAUGAUUAUAAUUACGUAAACUUCGUGAAAAAUGUCAGACUUGAAAUAAUUCGUAUCGUUUACGUAAUUAAUUUCCAAAUUAGCAAUCUUCUCGAUUGAUCUCUUAAACUGACCUGUUAUCUCUUUUUAAUUAAAAAAAGAGAUAAAUGAUACUGUAAAAUUUUUACGAAAGAUAUAUAUU